UCUCAAGGCAGGAGCGAUGGUCCCGCGGCUGGAGGAGGCGCCCGGAGCCCGGGAUCCGCUCCCUGCCUGCCCGCAGGCUGCUGCCGGCAACGCGCCCCCGCUCCGCCACGCAGCUCCCCUCCCGCAGACGGAAGCGCUCUGAAUUGCCACAGAUACUUCGUGUGCCGGCGCCCGGAGCUACCCUGAGGGCUUCGGCACGUUGCCGGGCUAAAGCCAUUUGCGUAUCACGGACCGGAAUAGAGCCAAGGGCUCCGCUGGCCCCGCCAAGCUGCUCCCUCGGGCUGCGACUUCUGUCAUCCCGGGGGGAAAGAAAAAGCGAACGGCAGCCGAGGCGAGCAGCGGCCGGCCGCCCCGGCCACCACGUGAGCCGCCUCCGAGGGGAACCCGCAGCGGCUGCCGCUUCCCGGAGGCGACCCCGGCCCCCUCCCCUGGCAGCCGCCCCUCACCGCCUUCUCCUGGCCGCGGCACGGACCCGCCUCCGCCCCACGGGCGCUGCGAGUAUUUUCGGAGCGCGGGGCUGAGGCCGGCGCACUUGGCCCGCGGCGGAGAAAGCCGCGGCGAGGCAGCGCUUGAGCGCGGCUGCCCGCGAACCGAGGGGAGCGCUUGCCCCGCGGCGGGGGCAAAGCCUCCGGCCGGCAGCCCCGCAGCCCAGCCCCGCCCCGGGACGCGGAUGCCGGCUGGGAAGCGAGAGGACGACGACGGGGAGCAACGAGGAGCGCGGCUGCCUCGGUCCUCCGCACCCCUGCGCCGCCGCCCGGCCCGGGCUGCCCGACGCCGCGGCGCUGCCGGACCCGAUGCGGCCCGCUGGCCGCCUCGCUCUGCUCGUUCCCGAAAUAAAAAUCAAAGACAUCCAGCAACAUUCCAUCCAGGAUUGUUAAAGAGCGAAUUUCCAAGGCCUGGGCAUCUUCUCUGAUUUUUGCUCUGUGCUCUUGUGCAAAAGAUGUCAGAAAACACAACCAAGACCUCAACUGACCCUCACUCAGCUCCUCUAGGUGUGUUCCUGGGUAGCAUUUCACUGAUCACUAUUGUCAUGAAUAUAUUAGUACUGUGGGCUGUGAAAACUGAAAAGAAGCUGCAAACAGUAGGCAACCUGUACAUUGUCAGCCUCUCCAUUGCAGAUCUUAUAGUUGGUGCAGCUGUUAUGCCACUGAAUAUUGUUUAUCUCGUAAAUCACACGUGGCUUCUAGGCGUACCAGCCUGUUUGUUCUGGCUGUCAAUGGAUUAUGUAGCUAGUACUGCAUCCAUCUUCAGUCUCUUCAUAUUGUGCAUAGACCGUUAUCGUUCAGUUCAGCAACCACUGAAAUAUCUCAGGUAUAGAACAAAAAUGAGAGCAUCGCUAAUGAUUUUGGGGGCUUGGUUGCUGUCUUUCUUGUGGGUCAUCCCAAUUCUAGGCUGGCAUGCUUUUACUGAGAAAAGGAAGCAGGGAAACAAGUGUGAAACUGAAUUCUCUGAAGUCACCUGGUUUAAAUUGUUGACAGCCAUUGUCAAUUUCUACCUGCCUUCCAUCAUCAUGCUAUGGCUCUACUUUAAAAUAUUCAGGGCUGUCCGAAAACACUGUCAACACCGAGAGCUCAUCGAUGGAUCAUUUCGGUCUUUCUCAGAAAAUAAAAGCAUACAUCAUAGUAAGACAAAGGAUGAGCAAAAGAUUUGCCCUCCAAAGCAAAUCUUAGAUGAGAACACCCCUCCCAAAGAACAACACAACUCCCCUCAGCCAAAAAAUAUGGAGGCAAGGCUUCAUUUAGACAAUACCAACAAGUCUUCAAAGGCUUUUGAUAGCAGGAGUGACGGCAAAGUUUUCAGAUGGAGCUGUUUCCCUCUCACCACUGCCCAGUCUAAGCCAGACCUGGAUAAAGCAGGAAAGCAGUAUGUGUGUGUUACAAAGGGGAAUCAGAACGAAGAGGAGCCAUGCUCACAGGACAGCGACUUAAGCAAUACAUCAAUCGACCAGACCUCAGCAGAGGAGGUUUCCUGUAGAAAUGACUCUAAUCCUGAUCCCAAAGGAGCCUGCAGUCCUCAGGGAAAGACUGAGGACAAGGAUUUCACAGGACUGACUUACCUGAAGAGAACAUGGCAAAGACUGCAUAGCCAUUCCAAAAGGCGCAUUCCAGGACUGCAUGUGAACAGGGAGAGGAAAGCAGCGACGCAGUUAGGGGUCAUAAUGGCAGCCUUUAUUUUGUGCUGGAUUCCCUAUUUUGUGUUAUAUAUGGUAAUAGCUUUCCAUGGUCAUGAACAAUUUUCCAAAUUACACAUGUUCACUAUAUGGCUUGGCUAUGUGAACUCCACUUUAAAUCCAUUCCUCUAUCCUCUUUGUAAUGAGAAUUUCAAGAAGACAUUCAAAAAGAUCCUUCACAUUCCCUGAUAGGUUAUCUUUGGACUGAUUUUUUUGAGCCAGAAGAAGAGUUUGUAAGUUCAACCAAACAAAACAUACCAGUUUCAAAAGCAAACACCAUGAAUAAUGUAGGUGGCUUUGGAAAACUGUAAUUUAUAAACAAGUGUUGGUAAAAGUAGGAAACAUACAUAUAUUAGAUUUAGCAUGUUUGAAGAGGAACUAUUUCGGAUCAGGAAUACUUAAAACCUGGGGCCAAUCUCAGAACUGUUGCACUACUGUACACACUUUACA